GCACACGCGUCUGUCAGCCAUGCUGUGUGAAGGAAGACUUCUGACCAUGACCUAUGAGGAGGAAGAGCCAGAGAAGCCCGACCUCAGCUCUGUGGCCAAGCUGGCACCAGGGGUUCCCCUGCCCUCGAACCCCAAACAAACUUUAGGUGUUCAAAAUAUGACUGACGCGAGAAAGCGUCGACCUGCUGAGGAUAUCCCCCCCCUGCUGAGAGUGGAGGUCCACAGUGGAGGGGGAGACCGCACCAGCUCUCCAGAGAUCCCCAUCCCAGCCGAGACGCAGUCAAACUCCGACGCCCCGUUUCUGGUUCCUUCAUUUUGUCAGAGCUUCUGCGAAAACUACAGCGACCUUCAUAUCGGGGGCGACCAGGUGCUGCCUUUGUCCACCAGCGACGGCGACCUACGACCUUGCACAGAACUGAGCGCCCCAUUCCUGAAGUCCUGUGAUGUACCCUCAGCUGUGGAGGACUCUCUGCUGGGCCCGAACCCCCCUGGUGGGCUCCCGCUGCCCUUCAGAGGAGGCUCGAACCGCUGGCGGCUGGGAAGCGGUCGAGACCGCAGCUUUUUGUUUCAGGGCCGAGAGCGACCGUUCUCCAACUCGCUGCUGAACCACUACCUGGAGCAGAAGAUACAGGACCUGUACCAGCAGUACAUGAUGGAGAACAUGAACCGGAAAGAGGCUCACGCCGCAGACCCGGGUCCGAUCUGUCCGCUGCUGGGCUCCGACAUGGUCCUCUCGAGUUUGGACCAAAUCACUUUGCAACUGAGCCGAGAUGCUCAUCUGGAGGCGGGGCGGGCCAAAGACAUGGUCCUGAGCUGCCUGAUGCGGGUGGCUGGGGACAUGCAGUCCAGCGAGAUCAGCACCCCCUUCCUGCAGAUUUCUCUUGAAGUAUCUCAGAAGAAGAGCCACGACAGUUCCGGGGAGUGAUCAUCAUUGUUUGGCCUGGUGAUGGAAAGAUGAGGCAUCAUGAAACAGUGUUGCACGUUUGACAAAACAGAGGUGAGGUGUCAUUGAACUAGCUGCUCAAGACCAAACAUUUUACAGCAGACAGCACCAUCUGGUGGCCUCAGAAAAUCAGACU